AUGCUUUAUUUUAAAGGUAUCAAUGCUACUUGCGACGGCAAUGCAGAUUGUAAACGAGAAUACACGGAAUGUGUGGCCAACAUUUGCGUUUGUCAGAGAGAAUAUGUAGGUGCAGUUGAUUUGUGUUUACCAGUUUCGUUAUUUGGGCAGCCAUGUUCAGAAGACAUUCAGUGUAGAGUCCAUACAAUAAAUAGUGUUUGUUUAAGUAACAAUAAUUCAACAGAAGAUUUAGUAUGCAGGUGUCCUGAUGGUUAUCACUAUAAAUCUGGUGGAUGCUUCAAACGCAAAGUUCUUGGUAUGAAUUGCGAUAGUAUCUUGGAAUGUUAUCUGGAUGCCGACGACAAUCGAGCGGUCUGCAAGAAUUCGGUGUGUUCGUGCGAUUGGAAUUACGUGCAAGUAAACAAAACUAUAUGCGGCAAUAAAGGUAACAGUUCUGCAAGUGUGUCAACGUGGCUGCUCUCAUUACUAUUAUUAUUAGUAGGUUAUGUGUUUAAAAGUUGAACAUGUUGCAUGAGAUAUUUGUUAAAAAUAAGAAAAAAUUUCAUAUUUAAGUAAAUGAUAAUCAAAUCGAAAAUAACUGCAUAUUUGUAAAAAAUUUAUUUUUACAAAAAAACUGAUUUUGUUAAAAUAUGUGAAAAU